AUUUGAAAGUAUAUUUUAGUUUAAAACAAUGAGUGCGGCACUCCGGUUUGCGGUAUUUGCUCUGCUGCUGUUUUACCAGGGAUCAGCAUUACUUUUAGAGCAGAAUUGUGGUAAAUGUUCUGUAUUUAGUCCCACUCCAUGGCUGGUCAAAAUUCGAACAGAACUGAGUUCGAAUGUCACGUGCACUGGCACGCUUAUCAACGAACGGUUUGUCUUGACCGCUGCGAGCUGCAUAGAUUACCAAGCUGAACUCAUCGUUCGCUUGGGAGAGAUUGGCGGAACCCUUAAAAACAGCAGUAAACUUCAGUAUGAAGAAAUCUAUGUUGCGAGGGCGAUUGUACAUAGGUCUUAUUCCUCAGAGACCUAUCAACAUAAUAUAGCCUUGCUCAGAUUGAAAACAAGUGUUGUAUAUAAAAGAAAUAUACAGCCGAUAUGCAUUGAUGUAAACGUUGGAAAAGUACCAAAAGCUCCUACCUUUGAGAUGGAAAUGAAAAAAAAUGAAGUGCCUAAAAAGGACAAAGUUGACAUCCUUAAUCGUUUUCUCUUAUGGCUUGGAGUGCGAGAUCCAGAACCCGAUGUCAUUUUACCCCCCCAACCCAUUGAAAUUGGGUGGCCACUCAUCAAACAAAUUUACAAGUCUACAGUAUUUCAUCAAUACGGCAUUCUGAGCCAUCAUAAUUCCAAGUCAAAGAAGGACGUCUAUACCGAUGUAAUGGCCUACGCCGAUUGGAUAAUGCCGCUCGCACUUGAUGUGCAUAUAACCAUGGCCCCAAAUACCGAUUUUGAUUUUAAAAUUUAAAUACAAAUUUGUAAACUUUUA